AUGGCAGCAGCUGAAGGAUCGGGGUUCAUCUCGCGGGCCCUCAGUAUAUUACGCAGACCAUGGAAGAUUGUCACCUCCAAUACCUACGCAGAUAUCCAGUCGAAGGCCCCGAUCCAACGACUCGGCCAGCCCCAGGAGUUAUGGAUACAUGAUGGCGCCAAACACGGAAGGAACGACUUGGAGAGCAAUCACAAGCGGGCCCAGCCACCUGCAUCCGUGAACACCUUCGACAAGAUUGUUGCUCUUGCGGGCACGCCUGCCGUUUUCUGUCUCAUGAUUGCAGGCUUACUCACCUGGAUAAUCAUCGGCAUUCUCUAUCCAGUGCUAUGCCUCCGAUACCCUUCUUAUGCGGCAGCAGCGGAACAGCUGUCACGACCUAUUGAGCUGGGUCUGCGGCCUCCGCUCGCGAAAUGCGGCCUGCCGGCGCGUGAUAGAACAAUUACGCCAGGCGAGUCCAGUAACUUCGGGUCUGAAAUACAGACUCCUAUGGGAGAGAUCGACUUAAGGAACACAGUCGAGCUAAACGUCCAACAAAUCGAUGACGGCAUCUAUCUUCCGCCUGAUACCAUCUACGAUCGGAUAUGCGAUUCCAUCGUAGAACAGUGGGGCGACAACUGGCAGCUAUAUAUCAAUAGCGCAACGGCCGUUGAACUCACUUUUAGUGCCGACUACGCGAGGAUGACGGGCGAUAUAGACGAAAACCCGAUAGUGAAACUCGAGUACGAUUAUAAGAAGGAAACCACGCGCGGCCAGCGGAUGAUCGACUACUAUGCCGCGAUCCUCGGCACGGGUGUCGGACUGGUUUGCUCGACGAUGGUGUUCGCGGUGUGGAUCGGCGUCGGAUCGUCAAUGCAAUGGAAUUCGAACUGGUGGCUGAUAAUUGGCACGUACACGGGGCUCGUGGGGUUCAUCGAUGGCUUCGUGUUACGUAACGUUUAUUUCCGCGAGACCUUGGUGAUCGACGGGCAGUUCGAAGUGCUAGUGGAGAGGGACGUCCGGCUAGGCACCUUGCUUGGGGUGUCAGCAUUACCCCGACGCCAUAGAGAUAAACUCCUGCAGGCUCGCAUCGCUCACAAAGUCGGCGUGUGGUGUUCCAGCUCCGCUAUGCGCUGGUCGGAAACCGGACAGCUGAUUUGCAAUACGCCGACCAUGAUUCUCGAGGGCUUCUUGUUGUUGGUUUUGAUCCAAGCGCACGACGAGACCAACGCGCACGGCAGCUACAGUUCCGCGAUGCUCUUAGGCGACGACUGGCCAUGA